GAUAAUCUCGCCUCUCUGCCAGAAAACAAGCAAGUUAACGUAGUUGUCGCGUCUUGGGCUGCUCGUCUCUGCCGAUACUUCACACAAGAAAGAUGAGAUCGCCGGCAACUCUUCCACUACUAUCUUCCGAUCGUUUGGUCGCCAUGGCGCCGUGACCUCGCCGUGCUUCAGCGAUGGCCCCGCGCUGGACCUCUGAUGACCAGACAAGACGGACCGACCGCACCGUGACUCCGACAGCCACUCCGUGGUGGUAAUCAGUUCAGUGGAGUGCCGCCACCGUCGAUCAAAAUCUUUGACCUCCCGCAUCCACCGCCAGUUCUGUCUCCCUGCAAGCAAAUCUCAGCCGCCAUUGCUCAGCUUCUGAGCAGCGGAGCGGAUCCGAGAUGGAGCCCAUCCCUCUGCUCACGCCGUACAAGAUGGGCCAGUUCGAGCUGUCGCACCGGGUCGUGCUGGCGCCCAUGACGCGGCAGCGCGCCUACGGCGGCGUGCCGCAGCCGCACGCCGCCCUCUACUACUCCCAGCGCGCCACCCCCGGCGGCCUCCUCAUCUCCGAGGCCACGCGCGUCGCGCCGGCAAGGCAGGACGAGGAGCCGGCCUCGUUCAGGGACAUGCCGGGGGUCUGGGCGCCGGAGCAGGUCGAGGCGUGGAGGCCCGUGGUCGACGCCGUGCACGCCGAGGGCGCCGUCUUCUUCUGCCAGCUCUGGCACGCCGCGGCCGCCCCCGGCGACGCCGUCAGGGAAAGGCAGCAGGUGAGCCCGCAGAUGAGCUAUGAUGGCCGCCGCGAGGAGCUCACGUCGCCGAGGAGGGUGGCAGCUGAGGACGCGCCCGGCGUCGUCGACGCGUUCAGACGCGCCGCCAGGAACGCCAUCGAUGCCGGCUUCGACGGCGUCGAGCUCCAAGGCACCAACGGCUACUUCGUCGUCGACGGCGGUGGCCCGGAGAGUCGCUGCCGGUUCGCGCUGGAGGUGGUGGACGCCGUGGCGCGGGAGAUCGGCGGCCACCGCCUGGGCCUGCGACUGGACCAGUUCACCGCAGAGCCGGACGAGCACGCGCUGGCGCUCCAUGUCGUCAGCCGGCUCAACGACCUCGGCGUGCUCUACUGCCACAUGAUCGAGCCCAAGGUGGACGGCCGGCGGCGCGUGUCCCGGCGGCUGCUGCCUUACAGGGAGGCGUUCGGCGGCACGUUCAUCGCCAGCGGCGGGUACGGGCGGGAGGAGGGCGACGCGGCCGUCGGCGAGGGGUACGCCGACCUGGUGGCGUACGGGCGGCUCUUCCUGGCGAACCCGGACCUGCCGAGGAGGUUCGAGCUCGGCGCGCCGCUCAACGACUGCGUCAGCGCCACCUUCUACGGCGCCGGCGCCGGCGCCGCCCACCCCGCCGUCGGAUACACUGAUUACCCGUUCCUAGAAUGAUCGAUGAUUGUGCUCGGAUGUUCUUUUCGGCGUAAACAAUCGACCAUGAUUUGCCUCCUCAGUGUUGUAUAUAUGAUAGUACUAAUUUUAUGGGGAUUAAGUUCAUCAAUCACCAUGAUUUGCCUCAAUGUUGUAUAUAUGAUAGUACUAAUUUUGUGGGGAUUAAGUUCAUCAAUCAAUUCGACCGUCUUGUUAAUUUGUA